UUCCUGAUGUUAAACCAGGAAAAUGUCCUGAGCUAGAAGGUGGUACAGGGAUAUGCUUGGAGGGAUGUGGGAAUGAUUAUGACUGUGAAGGAGGCACGAAGUGCUGCUCCAAUGGUUGUGGGCAUAUAUGCAUGACUCCGGUUCCUGAUGUUAAACCAGGAAAUUGUCCUGAGUUAGAAGGUGGUACAGGAAUAUGCUUAGAGGGAUGUGGGAAUGAUUAUGACUGUGAAGGAGACACUAAAUGCUGCUCCAAUGGUUGUGGGCAUAUAUGCAUGACUCCGGUUCCUGAUGUUAAACCAGGACAUUGCCCCGAACUUGAAGGUGGCACCGGAAUAUGCUUAGAGGGAUGUGGGAAUGAUUAUGACUGUGAAGGAAACACUAAAUGCUGCUCCAAUGGUUGUGGGCAUACAUGUAUGACUCCGGUUUCUGAUGUUAAACCAGGAAAUUGUCCUGAGCUUGAAGGUGGCACCGGAAUAUGCUUAGAGGGUUGUGGAAAUGAUUAUGACUGUGAAGGAGACACUAAAUGCUGCUCCAAUGGUUGUGGGCAUAUAUGCAUGACUCCAGCACGUGGUACAAAACUUGGUUGGUGUCCAGCCAUAGACGAUGGAGUAGUGGGUUCCUGUGUAAGUGAGUGCUACCAUGACGAUGACUGUACAGGAAACUACAAAUGCUGCUUUAACGGAUGUGGUUUAACCUGCAUAGCACCAGGCAGAGGUCGCGGUGGUGUAGGACGAGAUGAGGCAGAUUCAGGGAGAGGACGUGAAGUUGUUGGCGAGAGAGGUACUGACCGUGGUGAUGCUAUGGGUUCAUCCACGUCAUGGCAAUGUCCAGUCAUAGAGGAAGGCACAUCUGGUGCAUGUGUACACAACUGCCAGACUGACAGCGACUGCAAUGGUGAGAAUAAAUGCUGUUCAACUGGCUGUGGUCAUACUUGUCAGGGUCCAGUUAGGGUAUAUAUUCCCAAAGCUGGGACUUGUCCUGCAAACUCUGAGGAAGUAGGAGUUUGUCAACACAAUUGCACGGCUGAUGAGGAUUGCGGUGAUGAUUUGAAAUGCUGUUACAAUGGAUGUGGUUACACAUGCGUUUUACCAGUCAUGGAGAUAAUACUUGUUUCUGAAGAAAAAGAGGGAUAUUGUCCCACAACUGGCGAAGGACGGAGUGAUAUAUGUGAAGUAUUGUGCUCAAAUGACUUUGAUUGCGAAGAUCAGGCAAAAUGUUGCCCUACUGGCUGUCCCACAACUGGCUACGCAUGUUUGUCCCCAGUUUUUACAGUUGCAGCAUGGAAAACGUAUCUUGGACUGUCACUGAUGAUGAAGGAAUUGAAAACAUGGCAUGUGACAGUUAUUGAAUUCAUGGACCCCGAGUAUGAUGUUUACAUCGUGUAA